UCUUUUGAUGACCAUCUAUGAUCCAUCUUUAAAUAUCAAAGUUCCGUUUCUAAUUAUUUCCCAAGAAGGCAUCUUCCUCACUGCAUUCAGCGCCACAAAGAAUUCCAUCAAUUCCAUUUAAAGCAAAACUUUUCGCAAGGCACCCCACGUUCUUUAUCAAAAAAUGCAAAAUUUAUCAGCGAUAGCCCAGAAAAGAUAACUAAAAUGUGUGGUGUUCUACAGCAAAUAUGGCGAGGCGCAGAAAUCAAUUUCGAAUUUGUUGAUAUUACGGGGCAAGAAAAACAGAAAAUAGAAGCCACUACAGUGGAUUCACAGAUAUAGAUAGCGGCUACUUGGAUGUUCGUACGUCAGUGAUUCAGGCAACUUGUCGGGGCCAAACGGAAACCGAAACCAAUUGAGAAUACACAUUAAGUGAGUGGGUUUGUGAGGAGGGGAAGUGACCGUUUUAGUGGACCCUAAUUGGUAUCCCCGUGUCUGUCACACUGUGCAGAAAUUGCAUAAUGCCCGGGCCAAAACCCCCCAUCACGUGUCUGGGUCGUCUGGCACCUGACAGACCCACAAAGAUACUUCAGUUUAGAUUGGUUCUAGUCGGAGGAAGUUAAUGGAGAUGAUGGGGCUGUGGGCCAGACAGAACAAGAGAAAUUGAAAGCCAUUAAGUACCUUUAAAAAUAAAAGCGGAAUACUACUAACCGCAUGGCCCACUAGGAUGAUGCAUGGGAGAGCUAUAUAUAUGCGCGUGGAUAUAGGCUGCUUCAAUUAUUCAAGAGUACACCGAAAGCAGAGACUUGUGACCACAAAAAUCUAAGAAAUUACGCACGAAAAAUAUCUUUAAAAUGCCAUAAGUUGUAUAUAGAUACACAGCCAGCGCAGACUCAUCAGAUACACCGACACACUCGUCGGCCAUAAGAUACAUACAUAUAAGCAAACUCUAACUGUGGCAAACUAUUUCCGUAUUGAGUUCUCUUCUUAAUGCCCUGCAUUGGGCCAUAUUGGGCAUAUUGCAAGAAAGUUCUUAGGAUCAAGCACUUAAAGAAUUAAACAAUUUAAAUGGUUGGAAAAUAUUUUCUCAGAUUUUUUUGACCUCUAAAUACUUUAUUUUCCCUUAAUGUCUUACAUCUUUCAUUCCUGAACAUUUAUCAACCGAAAUUCAAGACAAAAAUGUGGUUGGGACAUUUAAAAAAAUUUAUUUUUGAAAGCAUAUAUUCGUUAGCUUAAAUUCCACAAACAAAUUAUGUACGGGUUCCAAAAACAUUUUCUAAUAUUUAUGGAUGCGCCAAAUAUAUUUUCGAACCGAGCGUUUCUUUUCUGCUCGUCGGACUUUAUGAGUUUGUUUGGCUUGUGGAAAUUGCAUUGACCUAGAAGUCAUAUUGUUGUUUUCUCGGUCUCCUGGGUAUUUUGAUGUCUUUGAAAUACCCUGCAUUCUGGUUCUGUUUUGGCUUUGCACAUUUCUCUCCCGCUCUCCGACUUUCUGUUUCUCCGUAUGUAUUGUGAACAUGAGCAUCGUUAUGAAUUCCCCGAUUUUCCAUUUUGUGUGUAUAUUUUCAAAUACUUGCCACUGUGCAUCCGAAUCGGGCUGUCUGUAAAAAUGUGUGUGAGUGGGAGACUGGGGAUCUGGCUCCCGGCUGAAAUCGUGGCAAGCCCACGGCCCAUUCCUUGUCCGUCGGUCGCCAGCGCCACGAGGAACGGGAAGCGCGAUCUUAAAAAAUAUUUAAAAAAUUGUUCACCCCGUGUCAGCUGCUCAAAUCGAACAUACCCUCGAAACGAGAGCGAAAGUUCAGUAUUCAAAACGCAAUUUAAUUUGGCCAAAACAGUUCGAGGCAAUCGGAGACAAAGGCGCGAUCUCGGCAGCGAAAAAUCAACCUGAAAGCAUAACGAUUUCGGACGCGUGCCAGGCGGUGGGCGGUGUACGGUGGGCGGGGUGGCGUAGACGCCGGCAGCGGCUGCGACGUCGCUGUUUUUUAUGAUUUUCCGCUGGUAGUGCUCGUUUUUAUUUUUUAUUUUCUUUUUUUCGAUUUUGCCGGCUGUCGUCGUGAGCAGAAUGCCGCCGGCUCUCGGUUCUGGUUCUCAGUUCAGUUCUGUUUGAGUUUCUGGCGACGAGUGACACACACAGAGGGAACUAGAAAUAAACGACACCGAAAAACGAAACAACACUUAGUUGUACUGUAGAUUCUGGCUGAUUAAGAAACACGAAACACGAAGCACAAAGCACUCACACACACAUAUCUCACACACAAGGAAAACUGCAUUAGUUCAGAUCGAGCGAAAGUGCUGUAGACGAUGCCCAAUAACCGCAAUCGUAAUCGCAAUCGCAAUCGCAACAAACGCAAUCGAAACCAAAACCAAAACCAAAAUCAGAAUCCGAGCCAAAACGAAAACAAUCAGCAGCAGGCAGACGGGGUGGAGGAUCGGGAGGAGCAGCAGGACUUCCAGACUCAGAUCGCAGUAGCACAAUCUUCCUUCUCCGUAGAUGAUAAUGGAAAUUCUGGCAGCGUUUCAAAUGGGCCAACGGAAAACAGCGAAGAGGUGACGAACACUCUUGAAAAAACCGAAAAAAUUGAGGAAAUAUCCGAGCAACCAGCAACAGUCAUCCAACAAGAAGCAGAUUUAAAGGCAGAAAUGGGUGCCAAAAACUCAAAACACCGCAAGGAAAAGUCCGAUAAGCAGGCGUCUAAUGGAAAUGCCGAAGAGCAGGUGCGUCCACCUCCCACCAUUAUAAGAAGGCCACCCGGCAGCCCCCGACAAGCCAAGGUCAUAGUUCAUCGAAUCGUAAGGGAAGAGGACAAGGCCAAUGGUACAGAUCUAUCUCCAGAGCCACCCAAAGUAGUGACACCUAAGGAGCAGCACUUGGAGGUCAAGGAUUUAAAGGAGCAGCUACCCGAUGCACAUCAGGAAGUUGAAACUAAGCAAGAACAAGAAAAUGAAAAAGGUCAAAAGGAACUUCCGGAAUCUAGUCAUCUUUCGGAGGAUGCAAAGCAGAAACUUGUCGAAGUUGAAAAUAAUCGACAAGUUUACGAUGAAGUGGACUACUUGAGCGAUGAGACCAUUGAAAAGAAUCCAAAAGAAGCGCAACAUGAUCCGAAGGAACAGGAGCAAUAUGUGUUGCAACUCGAAAAGGCUAUGAAAUUUGUAGAAAAUGCACAUCAGCAACACGUUGCUGCCAUCCAAAGUUAUCAAAAACAAAGCGACACGGAGCCAAACGCACAGCAACAGGAGCAAAAUGAAGUACAGCACCCGCAGGAAUCAACUGAAGCACCUCCACAACCGGUUGCUGUUCCACAAGUCCUUAAAGAUACCCAUAAGAAGGAAGAGCAACAGGAACCCAUUUUAAAUAAUGCCCAACAGCAAAAUGGAGAGAUUGCACGGAAAUCCAAAAAGGAAUUCCAAAUAAAAGUUGAGUUUCAAGCCGAGGAUUCUCGUUUCCAGCAGCCUCCACCACUGAAGCCCACCUCCAAGGUGAUUAUCCAUCAGAUACACCUGGAAACCACCGACGAAGAGAAAAAUGCUAAGCCCACUUUCGAGGAGAUCAGCAGCACUACCGGUUCUCUGGCCGGAACCCUAUCUCCACCACCCCGUUAUUUAGUGGAGUCUCCGAAAAACGUGUCAAGUGGUCAGUUUGCGCGCUUUUCGCGCGAUGUGCAAAUCCAGGAGCUGGAACUGAACAGCGACUGCAGCUCCGGGGAAUUCAAUUCCCUGCAGUCGCCGCUGGUUUGCGAAGUAGACUCGGAAUCAGAGGGAUCUGUAGCCGUGGGACCGGAACGAUCGCCGUCGGAUCAGCAGGUGCCGUCCAGCAGCCGAGUGGAGCAGCAGGAGCAGCUGCGCCAGAAACGUGCCCAAAAACGGAACGCUUUGGAGUCGCACUUCCUGCCGCAGUUGCUCAAUCCCCGCUAUCUGGACAGCAUCCUAGAGGAGAACGAAUGGAGAAACUCCACUGCCUCCUCUGGCGGAAGCGAUCAGACGGGGAUCCGCACGCCCAAGCUGAACGAGACCUUUCCCAGGAGUCAGUUGGACUUCAGCCGCAGGCACAAGCGGAGGGAGGAGGCCCCGUCGCCUCUUAAGCUCGAAACUAGACUGCUGGAGGACUCCACCGACCUGGAGAGCUGCACCCGACUGCAGAGCACCCUGUCUCCCCAGUCCGAGGAUGCGGAGCUAGUUUACCUGAGCUCCUCGGCCUCCAGCAGUGUCUCUGACCUCAUGGAACUAGAACUUGAACAGGCCGCCGCCUUGGCGGAGAGGGCCCUUGUGGACUUGGAUACGGAUGCCAGCCGGUUGAUUGCUCGGCCGGAUGAUGAGAUGAGCAGCACCAGCACCACCACGGCAGACAGGAGCGAGACGGAAGCGGAAACGGAAACAGAGACGGAGAGAGAGGGCGAGCAGAGUCGUGAGAGCACACCUGUUAACGCCAACCCGACGCUCGCCAGUUCGCAGUCUUCGCUGCUGAGCGCCCCAACGCCGACGCCGACGCCGACGCCCACUCCCGCCGAUCGCGAACAAUUAGCAAAAGAUACAAAUGUAUCUGGCGGAUCGACUAUUAGUUUCGGGGCAGCAUCGCCGCUAGCGGCCACGCGCGAGGAGUUCGUUCGCAACAUGGACAAAGUGCGCGAGUUGAUCGAGAUGACGCGGCGCGAACAGGAGCAAGGUGAACUACCGCGAUCGCCGUCGCCGCCGCCCGUUCCCCCGCCUCCCGCCUCCGUGCCACCCUACAGUCCCGAGUCCUCCUCGUUCCACCUAGCUUCCUUGCAGCUGAAGCGGCAGGAGUCGAACGACUCCCACUGCUCCGACAGCACCACCCACAGCCAAUGCACGGCCAUCAACCUGGCCAGUCCCCCACCGCCACCCACCGCUCAGCCACCCACACCGCCACUCAGACAAAAGCCCGCACCACCACCCGUACCGCCACCCGUAUCACCACCCGCACCACCCACUCCCCAAUCAGAGCCAGAGCUUUCAGUUGCAGAUUCGGUUGCGAAUGCGGAUGCAGAUGCAGUGGCCGACACGGAUACGGAUGCCAUAAAGAAGCUGCGCCUGCUGUGCACCGAGCAGUUGGCUUCCAUGCCCUAUGGCGAACAGGUGCUCGAGGAGCUAGCCAGUGUGGCCCAGAACAUAGCCGAUCAGUCCCAGAGCAAGAUGCCCUAUCCCAUGCCCCAGCUGCCGCAUAUCAAGGAGCUGCAGUUAAACGCCAAUGAGACCAAGUCCACAUCCGCCUGGCUGGGUCUGCCCACCCAGUCCGAUCCCCAGGUAUUGGUCUGCCUGUCACCCGGCCAGAGGGAUUUGGUAAACACCCAGACCCAGCCGGAUGACCUGCUAGAUGCCCACCAAAAGUUCGUGGAGCGUCGGGGGUACCAUGAGUUGUCCAAGGCCCAGGUUCUCGAGCAGGACCACCAGCAGCAGCAGAGCGAGAUGCUCAAGACGGCGGCCAUGAUGCGCGAGUUGCGCAAGAGCCUCUCGCCGACGGCGCCCCCUGUCCCUCCCCCGCCGGUACCGUUGAAGAGCGCCGAAACGGCGGCCAAGGCGACCGCUCAUGAAAACGCCAAGAGAGAUGACGCAAGCGAACAAAAGCAGAAGAUCACAGAAUGCGAAUCGUCAUCGCUUGAAAAUAAACCAAGGCGAGCAGCUGAUCUUGGUGCCCAGCAGUCGGCAGAGCACCGCCAGAGCAGCAGCACCACCACCUCCAGCCACAAAGCGACCACAGAGACCAUGUCCAGUGACACCGCCAAGUUUCCCACGCUGGAUAGCAUGGAGAGUGAGCUGGCCAGGAUGUUCCCCCAGCACAGGGGCGACAUUUUCGAGGAGCAGCGCAAGCGGUUCUCCAACAUCGAGUUCCCCAGCCAUCAGCCUGUCAGUCAGACCAAGCGGUACUCCAACAUCGAGACGAGUAGCUUCGAGUCCAAGAAACGUUUGGAGAAUGGUCAGGUAGUCUACGAUGUGAGCACUUCCAGUCAUGAGAAGAAGGAGCAGGGCGAUCCACCCAAGGACCAGCCCGCACCGCCUGUUCCCCCGCCGCCAAUUAUGUCAGCAACGAAAUUAAACGGCAACACUUUCAUUGAUGGAGGCGUGGCGCCCAAAAAUAGCCAGUCGUCGCGAGAGAACGGUAGUGGCAGCGGCAACGGCACGUAUGAGGAAUUUCGGCAGCGUGCCAAGGCCGCUGCGGAUGCUUUUGGAGAGCAGCGGGAGCAGCAAAACGGGCUGGAUCAAGACCGCGUGUUCAAGGACUUCGAUAGGCUGUCCCAGCAGAUGCACGCCGAGCUGCAAAGCACACGGGAAAAGCGGGAGAAGUCGGCUUCCAUGUACGAUCUCAGUGGCUUCACUCGCCCCGCGACUGGUCAUCCGAGACUAGAUGAGUUGCAGCAGAGAAGACAUGCCCACAUGCAGGAGUUGGAAAGGGAAAUAGAGCGGUCGGCAAAGUCGCGACAGGAGCGAAUGUCCUCGGUACCGCGACAAAUGGAGGCCACACCACCUCGAACUCAUGAGAUUCCCAUUGAGCUGGAGCCACGUUCCCGACGCGCAGAGUCCCUGUGCAAUCUAAAUGAGCCACCACCACGUCCGCAUACCACCGUGGGUCACUAUAACCAUCAGGGGGCUCAGGAUGACUGGUCUAGGUAUGCCAACGAUUUGGGAUACUCGGAGAACAUAGCACGACCCUUUGCCAGGGAGGUGGAGAUUUGUUAUCAGCGCCAGAAUCAGAGAACACCACAUGGCAUUAGGGCUCCCCGCCUCUCCGCCAGCACCAACGAUCUGAGCAGCUCUAGUCAAUAUAGCUACGAUACCUUCAACGCCUACGGAGGCAGAAGGACCCAUGCCCCCAUGUUGAACCAGGCGCAACAGCAACAACGACCUCAUUACGGCAGUUGUUACUCCAUGAUCGAGAGGGAUCCCAAUCCCAGGUACAUUAGCACCACCUCGCGAAGAGGCGUGAGUCCAGCACCGCCACCAGUUGCAUCUCCGCAACAGCAGCAGGUGCCACCACCUGCCUACGAUCGCCAGCAGAGGAGAUCCUCGCUGCCGAGGGAAUUGCAUGAACAGCAGUUGAAGUACAUACUAUCCAAGGAGGAGGAGCUCAAGUUUGAAGUGGAGCGAUUGCAGCAGGAGCGCCGUCGUCUAAUGGAGGAAAUGCAGAGGGCUCCAGUCCUGCCGGCUCCUCAAAGGAGGGAGAGCUACAGGCCCGCCGCCAAGCUGCCAACUCUGAGCGAGGAUGAGGUAUUCCGGCAGCAAAUGGCCGAGGAGUGGAUGAACAAGGUGGCUGAGCGGGAAGAGCGGCGCCAGCACAAGAUCAUACGCAUAUCAAAGAUUGAGGAUGAGCACGAUCACUCCGCGGUGGACAAGACAACCAUAAGCGAUGAAUUCUUGGAUCGGGUGAAGGAGCGCCGUCACAAGUUGGCUAUGCCGGCGGACAGCGAUUGGGAAAGUGGGGCGGAGUCUCAGCCCCAGCCUGCGGCCCAAUCUCAGCCAGAAUCGGAUGUGGAAGCGCCACCAGUACGCAUACUAGAGGGCCAGGCGGAGGCCAAUCUCCGCCAGCUGCCACGGCACCUGCGGGAGUUCGCCAAGUUCUCCACCAGCGAACAGUUGCCAGAUGGCGCCCAAAUGGAGCGUCACGAGGAACAGGAGCGCAGGGAGGAGGCCACCGACAAUGCGCACAGCAGUGCCACCAAGAAGACGAGCAUCGUGAAGACGUACAAGGUUUCCAGGCUACCGCCUUCCGUCCAGGACAGAGCCACCGCAACCGAGGAGGCGAACUCAGCGGCAACGGGAAUGGGUGUCCGGCUGCGACCACGCCCACCCAAGCAGACGCGCUUCCUCCUUAAUGCGCAGCAGCUGCAGCAGCAGAGGCAGCGGCGCAGCUGGUCGGAAAGCGAUCUUCUCAAGGAGAUCGACAGCGAACUGCAGCUGGCCAAGGGCUUCCUCUACGCGAAUGGCGUGUGGACACCUUACGGUUCCAGCGGCGAUCUAAAUCAAUCGGGCACCACAUCGGCCACGCCCCCUCCCCCGCCGCCGCCCUCGCUGCCCGUUUGGACGCCACAACCGUCACCGGUGCUAAGCGGACGCAAGGAGUUCCGUCCGGUCCGUUUCGAGUCCCCCACUCUGCCCCGUCGCUAUACGGCGCAGCAGCACCAACAGCAGCAACAGAAGACGACGACUACAAUCCCGCCGUGGUCCAGUACGGAGAACGGAGAAGGUGCCCCACCACCCACCGCACUAGCCUCCCUCAACUCCGUGAACUCGAACUCGGACUACGCCGAAACUGACUGCUCCGGGCACUUUGGUCCCGUGGCGCCCAGUGCCAGUGUCUCCGACAAGAUCAGAACAUUCGAACGCUCUUCGUCCAACUCGGAGUUGCAGAGGCCGUUUGUGCGGCGCCAGCUGUCCGACGCCAGUCGUCCAGCCUACAGGCCCAAUGAAGUCAUCUACAAAGUCAAGCACGAGUAUAUGAGCGAACCGGAGACGGGCAGCGAUCGUCCCCGGAAAAUGGCACAGUUAGGGCGAAAGCAGUACGACGGCAUCGGUCCGGUGACCAACGAUGGAAUGCCCAUCAUCCUGAGAUCGGAGGUCAAGGAGCCGCAUCAGCAUGAAUGGUACAAGCGUCUCUAUCAGACCAUUCACAAGCAGAAGAACGGCGAUGAUUUCGUGAUUCGCUACAAGUGUCCCAGAGCCCGUCCGUCAUACAAGAGCAACGGAUACGUCUCAGAGCCCGAACCCAACUACGAUUCGGAUUACUCCACGGUGAGGUACCGCACCCAGAAUCCGCACCGUGUUCAGUCCGUCUCCUCGGCUGUCAAUGUGCGCAACCUAACCCAGGACGAGAAGUUGUAUGGUACUAUGCCAAAUCCCAUUAAAUCAGCGCAAAGCUCGUAUAAGAAUCAGCCAGGACGCAUCGAGAACUAUACAACAGGUCAUUCAUCAGUUUCCGAAAAGGAAAAGAAGGAGAGUCUAGAACAAUCGAAACUAUCGCCAUUGUACACUGAAGGUAACUUGUCCAGAGCUUUGGCCAAGGAAUCCGGGUAUACUAGCGAUUCCAAUCUGGUCUUCCGCAAGAAGGAGGUACCCGUGAGCAGUCCCCUUAGCCCCGUUGAACAAAAGCAGGCCUACAAGAGUCUCCAGGCAGGCGGAGAACCUCCCCUGCUCGGCUUCCGCAAACCAGCGCCCGAGAAACCCCGUGAAAUUUUGGAGGAGUUCGAAUUCAUACAGAUCACACCCACGCUCACAAAGAUUCGUGUCAGUACCAAGGAGCUGGAAGAAGAAGUGAAACCCCUGAGAAAAGCAGUAACGCCACCGCCUGCACCACCGCCACCACCUCCCCCUCCACCUUCCCAAUCCUUGACAACGAGAAGAGACAAGAAGCCCGUGAAGAUGUUUUCCCAGCUUUCGAAGAAUCUGCCCUCGUUCAUUCCGUUGAGCAAGAAGCAACAAGUGUCCCAACAGGAUGACCCACCUCCAAGGCCGCCCCACAGAAAGUCGAGCUGCACGAAGAGCACGGUGCGAGUCCUAAGCUCCGCCUCAAAGUCCAGGCAUGAGCAGUGCUUUCAACCGCCGAGUGGAACUGCCCCUGGGGUAUCUACCAUCACCCUGCGGAAGGUGGCCACUUCGAGUUGUUCCCGUCGUGAGCCCAUUUGCCGAUCGAAGUCGGCGGGAGCGGUGUCCACGCUUUUGCAAACUCUGACGGCCACCAAGGAGACCCGACUCACCCGUCGGGUCCAGCAGCCGCAGCAGCAAUCGCGUUUGAGGUCGUCGAGUCCUAGUAGGCGCCCCGCUCGUCUUCUGGCCCUUCGUCAUUCCAGCCGAAGUCCUGUGGCCUUUGGUAGAAGCAUAUCGAAGGAAAGAAGCUUCGCUGAGGAAAAAAAGCGGCUGGAGAACACGCUGCCAGCUAAUCGCACCAACUUUGAGGCCAGUACCAAUAUAUUAAGGGAUCCCUCCUUGAAAUCCCCCCAAGAGGUGAGGGAGGCAGUGCGUUCGUAUGCGACCUCACGCAGCAAGUCCUUGCCACGACUUCGUCAUACUACAGUGAGCACUACCACAAGGCAGACCAUGUGCUUCCCGCAGGUGCGACCCCAGACACUUUUGGAUUGCGGAACUCGGUCGCUGAGGAAGUCGUCCUCGAAAACAGGAAAGGGCCAGGAAAAGAACGGAUCUAAUGACAGCUUGCCGAGGAGUAACUCCACCUUUUCCAUUGACUCUAUGGUGCGCCAGGAAAUUGUGCCCAUAGCACCACCCAAGACAUAUGUUGGCAGGUCCAGAGGAUCACUUUCUAAAGCGCUGGUUCCACUCCAGAGCAGUCGAAGCGAAGGACACGUGCCAAGGAAGCGUCAGUCUGGGAAAGUUACUACUAAGCCACCACCACCAGUUACUGUCCACUCCUACAGCGAAUCAGUGAGAGAGAAGACCAACUUUUGGAAUGAUUACAACGCCAAACAGGCCAUGUCCUUGCCGCAGGAGUACAAGUUCUGUCCGGAGGAUGUGUGCGAUUUCGAGAGUCAUACGAUCCAGCAACCGUGUAUCGAGGACCUUGUGUGGAAAUAUGAGGGCAAGGAGCAGCGUCCACCGAAACAAGUGACCGUAACGGACAUCGCUCGACCUCAAUCACCACAAUUGAGCCAGGAGCGUCGCUUUUCGCCCACUCGAGAGGUUAGGGUGCCCCAAAUCAGCCGGGAGGUGAGAUCGCCAUCUCGUCGUCGCAUCGAUAGCCUGCGUUCCAAGGACAAAGAGCAGUCCUUGGCCAGGGCUAGCAGCCUUAGCAGCGCAGAUGAGCGCAAGAGAGCUACUCCAGCUCCAUCGAAUGGACUCUACCAAUGCGGAGAGCUUGCCCACAGUGCCACUUCGUUGACUCACCUGGAACGUCAUAGUCCCAGCUGUCGGUAUCGUAACAAUUGUGAGCGUUUUACUGAAUUGAAUCGCUUCUACAGCACUUUGGAGCGAGUGGGUCAGCUGGAAAGAGCCACGUCCUCCAGCAGCUUUCAUCCCUUGAGGAAGGAUGCUGAACACCUGGACUUUGAUGAGUGGCGCCGAGUCCGACUUCAUGAACGCGCUGAAAAAGAGCUGCAAUAUUUAGUUGGAAAGCUACAAGAUGACCAAAAGCAAAGGGAUCUUCACUUCCGUUCAAAAGAUAUAGACUCCAUUAAGUGGCGUCAAGACGCCGACCAAUCACUGGUUGCCAAGAAGAAGUCUGUGGAGGAUCUGCGCGAAAACUUUGAGCAGUUAAAUCUUCUCAGGCAGCAGCAGCAGCUCCAGUCGGAGCCAGUUCAUCGCCAUUGGAGACGCAACACGGUGGCUGAUUUGGCCUGCAGUCUGGAGCACCAGGCCUCGGCUGAACCCGAUAUGGAGCGUCACUUGGACAACGACUUAGUGAGCACUUUGUCCAAGGAUCAGAUUAAGAAGAUAACCCAGCAGCUGAACGAGAUCUACUCGGGGAAUCGCCAGGCUCCUGCCGUCGAAGAGCAGUAUAUUGUAACCGUGGAAAAGGGCUCGCGUCCAAAUGGUCUGAAGGUACGUUGCAACUCCACCAUCUCCAAGGAUCAGCUACUGGGACCAGUUCAACGUAAGCGAGAUGAACAGCAAUCAAAUCAGUCAUUGCCUCGCUCCACUCGCAGUCAAUCUCCGGUGGUGGUGGCAAGAGAAACCCGUGGCGCCAUUGCAGCCAAGAAUGCUGAGUUGACCUUGACGAAACCGCCGGAUGUGCCACCUAGACCAAAGCCCACGCCAAGUCAGGAGGUUAAGAGCAAGCCACCGCCAAAACCGGAACUGAAAGUUGAAACUCGCGAGCCGGCCGAAGACAUAAGCCAGAAGAUACAGUACUUCGAGGAUCGCCAGUUCGAUGAGCCGCCCAAGACCAUUUACCACGCUCGCGAAGACUCCUCGCCUGACGAAGCUGAGGUUAUGCGACUCAUCAAUCAAAACAUGCAGGAACGUCAGAGAGCCAGGCAACUUCAUCACCACCAGGAACUGAGUAACUCCCUGACCGACUUGAGUGGCGUAUUUGGGGAGCGUCCUGCGGCCCGGGUAAAUUUUCAAUUGCACAGCCCGCCCGACCGUCCGCCCGACGAUACCGAGCUUAUCAGCUUUGGGAACGGAUCACCGGAUCACGGAGACGGCAGUCUUGAGCUCUACUCGGACUCCUACUACCGGUCGCGCAGUCUUUCGCCCCAGUCGCAGGCCUCCGCCUGCUCCAGCUCCUACUUGCAGAGGGUGUACACCGGCGAGGUGCGAAAGAUGCGUCAGCACUUCGAGAGCAUUCAGCAGUCCGGCGAACAAUCCCGGGAGCCAUCCAAUGAGCGGCGUGAUUUUUUUGGGCUUAGCUCGCUGCGGAGGGCGCGCAGCGAUCCCGAAAUGAGUGCGGGAUCCAAAGACGCCCCGGACACCGUUACGGAGGCGGUGUCCAAGGAGGAUGUGCCCCGGUUAACCCAUAAAUUCGAGUUGAGGGCAGCCACGCCAUCGCCGGAACGCGGAAGAAGACGUCUGCGAAGCGCACAGGAUCGCCUAAUGCCCCACAUCGAUAUCAUCAGCAAGACAGCGGCCUUGAAAAGAGAACUACCCAUUCCCGUUCGAUCGAGUCCCACGAGGAGCGUUAGCAGCAACAGCCAUUGCUUCGAGCGUCUGAGGAUGCGCUACGAGUCACCAGAGCCGCAGACCCAGAGCUAUUUGUCCACCUCGCAUCCGGAUAUGCGGGAUGUCCACGACAUAUCCCCUCACCUUAGUGCCGACUGGGUGGCUCACAAGCACCCGAAACCGACGAAACCCAAGGACCUGCCCAAGAAGCCACAACGAGUGGUGAGGGCGAGCUCCACAUCACCACCUCGACCAGCAAGGUCGCAUAACCACCAGUUGAGCUCCCGGCUAACCAGCUGCAUGAAGGACAUCUUCGCAAACCAGAAGUUCGAUCCCAACAAGCAUCGUCCCAAGGCCAGAUAUGUUCCCGAUGGUGCCGAGAACGGCAAUCAGAAAUCCAAAGAUAGUGGCACUUUAGAGCGCCUCAAGAAGACUGCCGCUGUGACCUUUAAAGUGUCUCCCAAUCAUUACUAUGCCACAGACGUAAACAUCCACUUCAAGACACCCAUCAGGCAUGAGCAACGCCAGAACUUGUCCGAAGAGGAACUAGCCAUUCGCCAAGCGGACCACAUGCAGAAGCUCUACCACGAGGAGCGCCGUCGCAAGUAUCUACAGGAGCUGCAGGACAUGAAUUCGCGCCGCCACACGGACAACUUCACCCCGUCGCAGAAGUCGCCCAUCGCCCUUAAUCGCUACGAUGACUUCCCUACGGACGUGACCCUCAAGUCGCUGGUGGGCCCCAAGACGGUGGCCCGUGCUCUCUUCAACUUCCAGGGACAGACCUGCAAGGAGCUAUCCUUCCGCAAGGGCGACACCAUCUACAUCAGGCGGCAGAUCGAUGCCAACUGGUAUGAGGGCGAGCACAAUGCCAUGAUUGGACUGCUCCCAGCCAGUUAUGUUGAGAUUGUCAGUCGAGAUGGCGCCCGUACGCCAUCCAAGCGACCAUCGGAGGGCCAGGCCCGUGCCAAAUACAACUUCCAGGCCCAGUCGGGCAUCGAGCUCUCCUUGAACAAGGGCGAACUGGUCACUUUGACACGCCGAGUUGAUGGCAACUGGUUCGAGGGCAAGAUUGCUAACAGGAAGGGCAUCUUCCCGUGCUCCUACGUGGAGGUACUUACUGAUAUUGGUGCUGAGGACAUUGCGGCCAGAACAACCACCGUGAUCACCAGCCAGAGCACCACGAAUCUGCGGCCUAAUCUCGACGUGCUGCGCACAAACAUCAACAAUGAGUUCAAUACGCUGACGCAAAAUGGAGCACAGCCACCGAACGGAAUCCUUAAGGAAACGCGGACGCUGCACAAGACGGACGCCCUCCAUGUGGACACCAGUUCCGAACCAUUGGCGUACCGCGCACUGUACAAGUAUCGGCCGCAGAACUCCGACGAACUGGAACUGCUCGAGGGAGAUGUGGUCCAUGUACUGGAGAAGUGUGACGACGGAUGGUUCGUGGGCACCUCACAGAGGACCGGCUGUUUCGGCACAUUCCCCGGCAAUUACGUGGAAAGGGCCUAGGGGAGAUCGAUCCAAUGAACCAGCACCCGGAGCGGCGUUCGUGCCUAAUCUUAAUGAAUUUGUAGUCUAAUACGAGGAGGAAUCAGCGUGGCCGGGGCAAAGGCAGUUUGAUUAACUAUGAUUAACUCUGACUUGGUUUUACUGGAUUAUUUUAUGUUGUUGUUGAAUAAUUCUUAUCCCGCUAAUUCUGCUGCUUUCGUUUUGCCGUAAUUUAAACCUAUUUAUUUAUUUUUAAACAGAGCAUUAAUUUUAUCAAUGUUGGAACUACGUUUAUUUAUGAAAUCCAAAUAUUAACCAAAAGUUGUCCCCUUCACCUCCCCCACUCCCACACUCCGACACCCCGAUCACCCAAACACACACCAAAUAUCGAAGGACCUUAAUUAAGAUCAUACAUAUAUACUUUGUCGUUUACCUACUAAUUUUAACUAGUCACAGCUAAUUUCCAAAAAAGAAAAUCAAUUGCGAAACUGAAGAGACCGUUGAACUAAAGUGCCUUAAAGUUGGAAUUUAAAUGACUAAUACGAUAUAAAAUGUUUCAAAGUGCUAAGAUUCAAGUGCCCUUGCGAGGUCGGCAAAGUGGAUAAUUACUAUUGAUAAUUAUUAAUAUUAUUUAUGAUAUUGUCGUGUCCGAACCAACAGAAACCAUUUUAAAAUCAUUACAAAAAGCGUUUAUUACACAGACACUGUUGCAAGCGAAAUUAGUAAAUAAAGAAGAAACCUAAAAACAAA